GAUAAAGAUUUCGACUCAGCAAGUGAAAGUCUGUAUUUCCAUUUACAGCUCUGGAUCUGUCAUGUAACAGGCAGAGCGGAGGCAGCAGGGCCCUCCUCUCUUAACUUUUCAAAUGAGGAAGUUCAGAGUCGAGGUAGUAGCAGCUUCCUUUUACAGCUUUCGCAGGCAGGGGAUGAACAAGUGAAAGAAAGGACCUAAAAGUACGCACCAUGAAAAGGUGAAAAUAGCCAGAAAGAGAAACUAGUUCGGUCUAGUUUGGUUUGCUGGAAUAUAUUUUGAGAGCAGAUGCAAAACUCUUGAGCUCAGACUCUUGGGUGAGAGACAGGAUGCCAAGUUAUCAACCUUGGUGCCAUGGCAAUAUAACUCGAUCCAAAGCUGAGGAUCUACUUUCCAAAGCAGCCAGAGAUGGAAGCUUCCUUAUCCGGGACAGUGAGUCCAUACAGGGAGCGUAUGCCCUCUGUGUUUUAUACCAGAACUGUGUGUACACAUACAGAAUCCUGCCAAAUGAGGAUAAGAAGCUGUCUGUCCAGGCGUCAGAGGGAGUUCCCAUCCGGUUCUUCUCUAUGCUGCCUGAGCUGGUGGAGGCAUAUUACAGUCCCAACAUGGGUCUGGUCACACAUCUGCAGUACCCUGUCCAAAGAGAGGAGGAGGUAGACGAGGAGCCAGAAUCCAAUAAUCCUCCACCGCAGCUUCCACCCAGGAAUUUUGCAGCCAACGAUGUGAAAGACAGUGAACCCAAGUCUUUUGAACAGGCCUGCAAUUCCUUAUCAGACACCUACCUGAUGAGGCUGCAGCCUAUGGACUUGUCUACAAUUCCUGAAGAGCAUCAAAUGGCUAUUCAAGAAUACUUCAGGACCUCAAUCUGCCUGGAUGCUGAACAAGUACAGAAUGGUUCUCGCACCCUCCCCGGGCUAAAGAAGCUAACAACGGCAAUCUGCAAAAAUCUUAACAAUGAAAUUUCCCGCAUCCUGCCAGCUCUGGAGGUCCUUCACAGAGUGCUGGACCAACAGCUCUCCCCAGGGACCGGACAGUUUCCAAAACCAAUGUCUGCCGAUUCAGGUCAAUCUGUAUCCUUUAGGCUGGAGCAGCUGACAAAACUGCUCUACUCAAUAGAAGAUAAGGCUAAAAGUUGUAUGUUUGAGUGUUCCGGGUAUGAAGGCGGCCACAGGGACUCUCUCAUACCGCUUGUUACAUUUGAGGUCAAGCAAGAAUCUCUGGGUAUUUCCACCAAGACAUUCCUGAAAGUGGAUGUCGAAAGUGGGAAGCUCUACUUCAAGAAGUCGAAAGAUGGGCCUGAAGACAAAUACUUUGUACACAACAAAAUCCUGCAGUUGGUGAAAUCGCAGAAAAUGCACGUCAAACUUGUCAUCGUGGUGGAGACAGAGAAAGAGAAGAUUUUGCGUAAAGAGUUUGUGUUUGAUAACACAAAGAAAAGGGAGGGGUUUUGCCAACUACUUCAACAGAUGAAGAACAAGCACUCUGAAAAGCCUGAGCCGGACAUGAUCACAGUGUUUCUUGGCACCUGGAACAUGGGAAACGCCAGUCCUCCCAACAACAUGAACUCCUGGUUUCAGUGUAAGGGCCAAGGGAAGACUCGAGACGACACGGCGGAUCACAUCCCGCAUGAUUUUUAUGUGAUCGGGACUCAGGAGGAUCCUUUGGGAGAGAGGGAAUGGGCAGACACAGUGAAGGAACACCUGAGGAACAUCACAAACAUCAGCUUCAAACAAGUGGCGAUCCACACUUUGUGGAACAUUCGGAUUGUGGUCCUGGUCAAGCCUGAGCACGAAAACAGGAUCUCCCACGUUUUUUCAGACAGCGUGAAGACAGGAAUCGCCAACACUUUGGGAAACAAGGGAGCAGUGGGAGUGUCCUUCAUGUUCAACGGUACGUCUUUUUGCUUCGUCAACAGUCACCUGACUUCUGGAAGUGAGAAGAGGCUCAGGCGCAAUCAAAACUACACCAACAUCCUGCGAUUUCUGAACCUCGGAGAUAAGAAGCUCAAUCCGUUUGACAUCACACAUCAGUUCACUCACCUCUUCUGGCUCGGUGAUUUGAACUACCGGGUUGAAUUCCCAUCGACAGAAGCUGAGUACAUCGUGACAAAGAUCAAACAGCAGCAGUACCAGGAACUCCUCAGUAAAGACCAGCUCAACAUGGAGAGGAAUGAUGGAAAGGUCUUCUUGCAUUUCGAUGAGGAGGAAAUCACGUUUGCACCCACAUAUCGGUUUGAAAGAGACACUCGAGAGAAGUAUGCCUACACGAAGGCUAAAGCCACUGGGACAAAAUAUAAUUUGCCGUCAUGGUGUGAUCGUGUCCUGCGGAAGUCAUACCCUCUGGUUCAUGUUGCCUGCCAAGCAUAUGGGUGUACUAAUGACAUCAUGACCAGCGACCACUCACCAGUGUUCGCCUCAUUUGAAGUUGGAGUAGCCUCGCAGUUUGUCUCCAAGCAAGAUCCAAACAGUGCACCUCAAGGCGGGAUACAGAUCAUGAACUGUGUGGCCAACUUGCAGACAAAAUCAAAGACCAAGUUCUUCAUCGAAUACCAUUCCAGCUGCUUGGAGAAAACAGUCAAGACUUCAGAGGGUGACAACAUGGAGCACUCCGUUGGGUCAAUAAAAGUUUGGUUUGGCAACCAAGUUGAGCUCACCCCGAUCAUCUCCGACCCAGAGUACCUCCUGGACCAGCACAUCCUCAUCUGUGUGAAGUCGACAGACAGCGACGAGUCGUACGGAGAGGGUUGUAUUGCGCUGCGAGCCGCCCAGUUCUGCUACACAGAGUUUCAGAUCACACUGACUCACCAUGGAGAGAAGACGGGCACGCUGACCGGCGGCAUCCAGCUACACACCUCUGAGGGCAAACCCACUGAGAAGUUAUACGAUUUCAUCAAGGUUGAAAAGGAUGACACCGUCACCUCAAAAGGGAAAGGCAGUGAUCAAAACAAGUCUUCCGUCUCCCAAACACAUGAUAUUUCUAACCCCAGUUACAUGGGAGUGUCCUUCCAAAGGGGCAACGUGAUCGAUAAAGGUUGGAGCUACAGCAUGCCAAAGAAAAACCCUCCAACUGCCGGCCAGGGGGGCAAAGAAUCCAAGAAGUGUCCUUAUGAUGUGGGCACACGCAGUCCCACAGGAAAAUCUUUAAAUCCUGCGGGUGAGGGUGAAAAGGUGUCAGAGAUGUUUGACAAUCCGUUAUACGGUUCAAUGGGAAAAUCACAUGGUUGGGCCAAAGACCAAGACCAUCAGCAGUGGGAGCACCUCACACCUCCAGAUCCCACCUUCACAGCCUCCAAAGCAGCAGACGGAGACCCUGAUCGCCCCCCAGUGCCAACCCCACGCAACCGCUCCUUCACCUGCUCCGAGACUAAACCUCAGCCUCCAGCGCCCGUCAUCUCGCACGCCUCAAUGCUCAAGAAACCAGUGGUGCCCUCGCGCUCCGAAGGCGGGGUGGCGUACAACCGGCCCCCUUUACCUUCCAAGUCCCGGCCGUGCAUACCUGAGCCCCAGACCUCAAAACCCAGAGACAACUCCGAACUCCCCAUCAAACACAGACUGCCAGCAAGACCUGGUCAGCCACAGCUUCCCAAAGACAUGCAUCCUGAAGUUCCCAAGAUGGGCCGUUCGGUGAAGUGAGACUAGGCUGGUCAGCCCUGACUGUACAGCUUUCUGCAGCUCUGCAUUUUGGAAACAUGUAAUAGACAGAGAAAAGACUUCAGCCCGUCGCUGCUCGCCACAUCUAUCACAUAAGAGUGACUAUUCAUUUGUAAUGAAGGAAUAGUUCUGCAUUUUGGGGAAUGUGUCUAUUCACUUAUUUGCUCAGAGUUAGAUGAGAAGACCUAUAGCACCCUCAUGUCUGUCCGCUAAAUAUGACGCUACAACCAGUUACAUUAGCUUAGCAUAAAGACUGGAAACAGAGGAAACAGCUCGCCUGGCUCUGUCCAAAGGAAGCAAAAAUCCAGCAACCAGCACCUGUAAAGCUCAUGACUUAUCAUAUUGAACACCUUUGGACUGAGCCUGGCUAGCUGUUUCUGUUUCCAGUCUUAAUGCUAAGCUAAGCUAACUGUUUCUUUGCUGUAGCAUUAUAUUUCAUCUAGUUCUCAGCAAGAAAGCAAACAAAAGCAUAUUUUCCUAAAAAGCCAAAGGUUUCCAUUAAAGUGAUAUAAACAGUAAAGACACAUCUUCAGACUUAAUUUCCGCUAAGCUCGCAUUAAAACGUAGGUUUGGAAUUAAACUUUGCUUAUCAAUAAAUCUGUUACAUUUCACGUAGAGUUUUACACUAUACAGUAGCAAAAAAUGUUUACCACACAGUGUUAUCUUGCACAGACAUUGAUGUGUUUGCCUUGAAGAUGUACAAUAAAUGCUCAAAUAAAUUCAAACUUCA